AUGGGGGUUCAGCUCGAGCCCAUCAGUCAGAGUUCGUUUGAACAGUACGGACCAUGGCACUUUCGAGAUUCUCGUUUUCAGCAGAAUGAACGUGUCGGCCUGGGUGCCGCCCUCUUGCGAGCAGCCGCCCUACCGGCCUUGAACGACCUAUGCGAGCUUUCAGCGAGGACCAGCAAAGCAGAUGGUCGGUUUCUGGAACUGACCGAGAAGCCCACAUCGUCCAGGUCAUCCAGCAUUCAUGUUCUCCAGGAACCCUCUCCACCCGCUACCAUCAUUUCCCCCCCAACUCCCGUCACCGUCAACAAGGCCGAGGAUGAUGUGGAUAUCCCGUCAUUACCAGGACCCCGUCAUUCCCUGGACCGGUUUGGUUAUCACGCGGAGGAGGGGGUCAAGUUCACCUUUGCGCCCAACAACUUACCCAUUCGUCCCCGGCCGAAUCUGAAGCGUCGACGACCAGACUCGGAUGUGGACGGUUACAACACAGCCACCAUGAGCUGCAAAAAGCGGCGACUAUUGCGACAGUUUGUCACCUCACGGCUUUCAGCGCCUUUCUCCCUCCCGGCCACGCACAUUCUCAACCGAGAAGUCGUCGCUUCGGGUGACAAACGCUUUCUCAAACUUGCCGCCAUCAUGGCAACCAGAAAGCUUCAACCACAGCCCCUACCGCCACAGGUCAGCCCGGAUUCUUUCUUGCGGCGGCAAGCCGUCUUCAACCGGUGUCGGUUACGAAUGGCAACCGAGGGCAUGUCUCGAGGCGGUCGAGGGAGCCACGGGCCAGAGACGCAAGCUACACAUCCCGCUUCACAGCAGCAGCAGCAGCCAGGUGUAGAAGGGGCUAGUUUCGCCUUGAUGAGGGCCCUGCACCCAUCAUCGACUGGGGCAACUACGCCGGUGAUUUCCAUCUCCCCGCAACCGUCCUCCUGCACCCCAAAACCGGCGAUAACACCAUCAUCGCCACCGAGCAGGUCACCACCACUCGGGCCAACAGCCAGCGGAGCAUCGCCAACAAGACUGCGAAUUCCCAGUCCGAAGUUACGGCCCCUCCGCUCACCAGAACUGAGAGUCACCCGGCCGGCUCUGCCGUUGGAUGACAUUGAGGACCUCGACGACGACAGCGUGGCGUUUCCCACAUCGGUGCAUGAGAGCCGGUAUGGUGACGAGCCUGAAGAGGUCUAUGCCGAUUUCGGGCUGAUCUUCGGAGGCGGGGGUGAGGGCGACGAGUCUGAUGAAGAAGGUCCUGCCGAGCAGUUUGAGGAUUACAUGGACGACUUGGACGGGAUUCCGUGGAACGCUAGGUGCUAA